AUGCGACGCGUCUCCGCGCAUGGAGUGAGCGUUCACUUCGCUGUGGUGCUUACGACAGCGAUGCGAGGAGCCACUUGUCUUCUGUGCGACGUGGAGUAUGACUCGUGGGGGAAGCACGUUGCCGGUGCUUCGCAUAUUGCCCGCAACGCUAUUUGCAGAACCUACGUUGCUCCUGAGCGGCACGAUGCGAUGAUGCAGCAGCUGUGGAAACACAUCCGCCUGGACUUUGGGUAUAUUGACGAGGUGACACACAAAAAGGAAGAUCGUCGCCGUGGCCGGCUGGCAUCUACGAUACGUCAUCUGCAUGAGCAGGGGAUAUUGCGCCACUCCAUCCCAAAGAUUUCUGUGGACGGCGACGGGGUUAGGUCGGUUGUUGUCACGAAGGAUGCCUUUGUCAACCUCAUGAUGGUGGGCGAAAGCUACGCUAAGCAAGAGACCGUGGAUCGUGUCGCGCGUCUUAUGCCACGCCUGGAGGCGGUGGAGCUAAGCAGCGUCGUACAGUACAUUCUAUCGAAACGACGUCUUGCCCGCCUUUUUGACGAACUUGAUAUGCGGCGGACGCUUUUAAACGACUCUGCGACGGGUGAUGCCGUGGAGGGGCCGAGUGAGAAUCGAAAAAAUGGGGAGAGUGACAUCGCACGGGAAUGUGACGAUGCCGCGGAGGAGACGCUGCGUCUCCGCCAAGAGGAAAAAACUGUUAUUAUUUUCAGCUGCCUUGGCGAAUUGCAGAUGUACUCACGGCAGGAUCGAUCACACAGCGUGGCCACACGGGCGGCGGCAGAGCAGCUCGUGUUGAAUGUGCUCGGCACACACGUGAUGGAGAACAUUAUCGCUGAGUUGGUGCACACAGUGCUGCAGACUGUAGUGGAGGAGGGGACGCCUGUGUGGCGAGCGUACUGCGACGAUUUGACAAACAAAAUGUUUGAGGGCACCAGGGCGACGCCGCCAUCGCUUGAUUUGUCACCAGCACCAGCGACAGGUGCGGCAAACUUUGGUGAAAUUCGCUCGACUGAUCUUCUUUCCUUAUACACGCUUCAGGUGGGAGAAAAUGCUGCGUCGGUUCUGCCGACUGCGGGACGACGUUCUUGGAGUGAUGUGACGCGUGCCUUGGCUCUGGAACUCACUGUGCCCAACCCAGUCAACAAGAGUGCUUUGUUUGCCGCAGCGGCACCACGGCUGUCGUCGAAGAAGAAACCGGCCUAG